CUGAAAACCUGCUGGAUUUGCUGUCUGCCCCAAGAUUCUCCCUCUUUGCAAAGUGUUCUUCCACAAAUUCUUCCAGGAAAGCCCAAGGUGUACCAAGGUGUGAGGGUGAAGAUCACAGUCAAGGAGUUGCUGCAGCAGAGGAGAGCACGACAAGCAGCCACCAGUUCAGCAGUUUCCUGGGGCAGCAGCAGCAGCAGCAUCCAGUUUGCAGAGUCUGUGUCUCCGCCUCACCCAGAACCUUUUGAAGCAGAACCCAUCCCUCCUGUGCCCAGCUGCUGCCCGUCCUGGCAGUUUUCCAGCUGCCUUUCCUGUGAGGAAAGCCCUGGGUACCUGGAGCAGCUGAUAGAUUCCUGCCUCCAGGAGCCACCCUCGGAGCCAGCCUUCAGUGCCCUGCAGCCCUCCUCACACUACACCCCAGACACCUUCCAGCCAGUCCAGCUCUGCUUCAACCAGGGCCUGGCUGCCAGCUCUCCCAGCUCAGCCGACCUGCCCAGCCCAUGGAACUCCAGCUGCUCUCCCCCUCAGCUCUCCCCCCUGACCCCGCUGCCCCCCAGCCCACCCUCAGCUCUGGACACCAAACCCUACAGCUGUCCCGUGGAGGAGUGGCCCUGCCACCCCCCCUGCCCCUUCCCCAGCCCAGCCUGCUGCUGCACAGCCUGCGGCCCCCAGACCAUGGACAGCAGGGGCCAGCACUGCUUCCCCUGCCCCAGCACGGACUGCCUGGAAUUCCUGCCAGCCCUGGCCGAGGACUUCCUCAGGAGGGACAGGAGCUGUGACAUUUGCUACAGCUAAUGGGACUGUGGUUUCACACAUCCACUCUAUCCAAAGCAGAUUAAAUUGCCCAUGAACUAUGCAAAGUUCUGCUGCCUAACAGAGUCCAGUUUAUUCUUCACUACUUACAUGUUUUUUUACACGAUGCUGUCACUACAUUAAUCUCGGGUCAGGGGUGUUUUGUUGUUGUUGUGGUGGUUUGGUGGGGUUUUUUCCCUGUUUUUAUUUUCAUUGUUGCUUUUUUUUAAAUAAAUCUGAAGCUGCCUUAUCAAACACUUGUCAUUAGACCAGCUCUUUUUGAUACGAAUAAAUCACUUGGUGCAAA